UGUCACCCCUCCCCUCGCCCUUCUUCCCGUUUAGCUGAUAGCUCUCCGUGGGUCCCAGCACCUGCUUGUCGUUUCUCCCGUUUCUCCUCCCGCAGGCUCUCCCGACAUGGAUGAUUUUGACAUGCUGAACGCGCCCGCCGCUGGAAACGGCGUGGGCUCGGACGAAGACCCGGCCGCCGCUUUCCUGGCCCAACAGGAGAGCGAAAUUGCGGGGAUCGAGAAUGACGAGGGCUUCAGCAUCCUGGACGGCGGAGAGGUCCCUUCGUCGCUCAGAGACUCUAACGACGGCGCCAUCAAUGGAGAGUUUCACGGGGAAAGCAACGGCCCAUCAGAUGCCUAUGCAGCCAUUUCCAACGCCGACCGGCUGCAGGCUGAACCUGAAAGUCUCCGGAAGUGGAGGGAGGAACAACGAGAGAGGCUGGAGGUGCUAGAUGCCAACUCACGCAAGCAGGAGUCCGAGUGGAAGGAGAAGGCCAAGUUGGAGCUGGAGGACUGGCAUGCCAGGCAGAACGAGCAGCUGGAGAAAACUAAAUCCAACAACAGAGUGCUGGAUGAAGACUUCUACAAGCAGCCCUUCUCUGACCUCAUUGGUUAUGUCACACACAUUAACCAUCCUUGCUACCGCCUAGACCAGGCGGCCGAGGAAGCCAUGAUUUCGGAUCUGGACGAGAACAACCCCGGCACAGAGUGGGAGCGGGUGGCUCGGCUCUGCGACUUCAACCCCAAGUCCAGCAAGCAGGCCAAAGACGUGUCCCGCAUGCGCUCCGUCCUCAUCUCCCUAAAGCAGUCCCCGCUGGUCCGUUAGAGACCAGAGAUCUGGGGAAGUCCAUUCCAUGUCAUGUUUUCCUUUCUUUUUGUUUUUAUUUUUCCACCUCACACGCCAACUACUGAAUCCACAUCUUUUGUCUUCGAAGGUGAAGGGGGACAGCCCAGGUUUCCAUUUUCACACAGGCCUGUAGAGAUUAUCACUUCUCUGACCCCUUUGAAAGCUUUCCGUCUUUCCACCUCAGACUAGUCGAAACCUCACGUUUUGUGGCCCCAUGUUGAAGUCUCGUUGGAUUUGACCAAAGUGUUUGGUCUGUGGUCCUUCGUAACACUGUAAAGGAUGGUGAGUUGGGACACUAAAAGGGAAAGAUUGAUGUUCGUAUUUUUUUAAGGCUUACAGCUACACUACAUCCUCCGUCGCCUCCAAACAAUAUCAGAAUGCUGUUGUAUAACCUCAACAUGUCGAUCCGUCGUUUGCCCUCCAACAUAUCACUUCCUGUUCUCCUUUUAGUGAAGUAUUAGUGUCCGUUUUGUAUUUCUUAUCUUUCUUUUUUGGGGGGACCAAACUCCAAAUCCAGUGUACUUUACUGUGUGCAGUGCUUCAUUGUGGCAUAUUGUGUUCAAAUUUCCAAUCUAUGCAUUUUUUCUUUUUUUUUGGAAACUUCUUUUUCCCCUCAUCCAGUCAGAAGUGAAGGAAGUCCAGUCAUUACAAAAUGUGUGACCUGUUUGUAUGGGUGUUGAAACCCUAACAGUGUGUGUAUGUACUUUGAGUGUACCUAUGUACAUAUACAGAAGGCUAUGUAUACAGUAUAUAAACAUUUAUGUCACUAAAAUUAGACCGUUGUGGUUUUAAAGACUAGAUACUAGCUAGUUGUUCCUUGACCAUGUGUAUUCAUUGUCCAUUUGAUUUCAGUACAAGUAAAAAAAAGAGGAUGAGAA